AUGACAAUUGUUUCUGAUCCAAAAUGGGAAGAGUUCGAACUGAGAAGGGGGCCAUGGACUCUUGAGGAAGACACUCUUCUCACCCAUUUCAUAGCUUGCCAUGGUGAAGGCCGUUGGAAUCUGCUAGCAAAAUCUGCAGGGUUGAAAAGAACUGGUAAGAGUUGUAGGUUAAGAUGGUUGAAUUAUUUAAAGCCAGACAUUAAGCGUGGAAAUCUCACUCCGAAGGAACAACUUUUGAUUCUUGACCAACACUCCAAGCUGGGCAACAGAUGGUCGAAGAUUGCACAACAAUUGCCAGGGAGGACGGAUAAUGAGAUAAAGAAUUAUUGGAGAACAAGGGUGCAAAAACAAGCACGCCAACUUAAGAUGGAGUCAAACAGCAAGAUUUUUAUGGAUACUGUUCAGUGUGUUUGGAUGCCCAGAUUGCUUGAGAAAAUGGUACAAACAUCUUCAACUUCCCCUCCAUCCACCAUCUCUACACCACCGAACGCCAUGGGAAUGCAGCAAAUUUCCCUACAUGCCUCUUUGAUGCCAAAUAAGCAGACUCCUCCUUUGGCAUUCUUACCUGCACAUGAAUGUGGAGACACCAACUUAAUCCCGAUGGAUAGAAGCCAUACUGUGUGCUCUUUUCAAACUAUGCCUGAAAUCUGUGAGCAACCAGGAAGUUCAGCUUUUGAAUAUGGCAGCAAAAUUGACUGCGGCAAUUUACUACCAGAAGAAUGUUUACAAGUAGACAUAAGCAGCUAUGACAUGGAGGUACUUGACAUAGGUGCCACAUCAAUUGUAGGGCCUUGGGAGUUUUCAUUGUUGAACAACCACCAAGUGUCAGACACAAGUUGGGUGGGCGAUGACAUGGUUGGUGCAUCAUGGGGUGUGGAUGAACUGUGGCAAUUCAGGAAUUAA